AUGGAAUUCGCCCACGCGGGGAAACCAGCAGGUUAUGCGAAGUGGCAGUCGAUCUAUCCUCUGUACAUCAAUUCGAAAAGAACAGUCAAGUGCGGACGGAAGCUUCCAAGAGAACAGUCUAUUGUUGACCCUACAAUCGAUGAAAUUGUCCAAGCACUCGGGCAGCUAGGUUUCAAGAAUGAAGAGAACAUGCUCAAGGAAGACAAGGUGCAUCCUCGCGCUAGAACGACCUGGAAUCCAAAGGAUCAUGUGAGAGGCUUUUCCUGCUACAACGAGUUCGGCCGAGUCAAGUACAAUCUCCACAGCCUGCCAGAAGAAAAUAAAAUGACCAAGAAGGAGCUUUUGAUAAAAGUUUCCGAAAUCGUAACAACCCGUCGCUCAACUCCUCAAACAGAGUCUUCUACCAAGCCAAAGAAGAAGAAAAAGGGCAAAAAGUGA